GGACCCCCUGGCACCUGUGUGGUACCAGGCGUUGCUAUGCGCCCGGAUCUCCUGCUUGAUGUGUAUUGGAUAAAAGUAGAACACCUCAGCCAAUGGGCGCUCAGGUCGCGAGGGCAGGAUCAAACUUUUACGGGCUCGAGCUGAGGGGUCACGAGAGCACUUGAGGGUAACUACUAACUGCCGUGAGAACCGUUAAGCUCCACAAGUUUCCGUUUGCUUAAAUUACGUUGCAAUGGAGAGAGCAAUCAGAUCAAGUUCAAGGGAGCACAGAAUGGCUCUUGACGGCCAUCAGAGCAUGUUUGCAAAUUCACUCUUUCCCUCAUACCAGCAUCAGGCUAGUGCACAUACAGGUGGUGGGAGCAAUGGUAGCAUGGCAUUGCCCUCGGUUGCUGUCCCCACUGUCUCAAUACAGGAACAGGACACAGCAGCCUACGUACCCUGGUCUAACAAUGCUCAUGAUGAUCCCUAUGGCCUUAUCAGCUAUGCCAAGAGCAGCAUUGAAAGCAGGAAACCCAUUGAUAAUACUGACUGUGACGGGGAGACUGAUCUACAGGGUCUGGUGUCGAAUAUUUUGGAUGAAGCUGAUUCACGGGACAGCUACUACAGUGAAAGGGGUCUACCUACAUGUAAUCCAAUCUGGUCUCCAAAGACAUUGAAAGAAGAACUGCCACAGUAUUUUCAGUCAGAGGCGAAAAUGCAACAUAGUCUUACCUUUCCUCCAAACUAUGAAACCUGUGAGGCUUUUAAUAAUGCACACAGACAGUCCAAGGACAAAGAUGUUGAGGAGUUUUAUCAACAGUCCAGGGGCCUUUCUGCCAAUCAACAAUGGCUUUUUAAUUUGCCUAAUGGUGACCAAGACAGCUACACCCUCCGUCCUCAAAAACUGCCACCAGGUCUACCAAUACCCAAGACGGGAAAUGCUUACUUGUCACAGAUACAACAAAGCCAAUUUGACAACAUGCCUGAGAAAGACGGAGGGAAUAUUCAGUAUAUGAAUAGUUUCCCUGACCUCAGUAAUGUAUUUAGAUCUCAAAAUGAAAUGAACAGCCCAUGCUUAAAUCCCUAUGAAAACUAUUACACCCAGAGCAGUGCAAAGCCUGUCAGUAACAAGCAGUAUGGGCCACAGGACAUUAACGAACUGGUCAGCAGUUUUCAGUCGUUCAUGGCUGGUGAGCUUGAUAGCUUAUGUCGUGGAGACUUUCCAAACAUUCACAGGCAGAGAGUGGGCAUGAACCAUGAAGACAGCAUGGUUGAACAAUGGAAAAUCACCAGUCCUGCAAUGUCAACACAAAGUACUCCUGUGAUGCAGACACAAAAACAGCUGGUGGGAGAUUUUGGGACAGUGCAGAUGGAAAUAAAUGGAGGAGUGAGGAAACAAACAUGUAAACAUGAUGCCUUUCAAGAUCCACCUGGUUUCAGCCCACAGAACACAGAGUACUUCCAGCCGUCCAAGCCAUUCUCUGCAUCUUUAAACCUCCCCAACCCAUGCCAAAGCAGCAUGGCCAUGCACAAAGAGAAGACUUCACUCCCCAUUAACAUGAGCAUGAACCAGUAUACAGAGCAUCACAUCCAACAGGGCCUUGCACAGAGCAAGCUCAGGCCACAGAUGCAGAGGGAAAAGAAGGGGGUGCAUAUGUCUGGCUUUGUAGAAGGCUUCUUUUCAAGACCCACUACCAACAAUAACAUGAGAAGAGGGGAUAAGAAACAGGCUCUCUCACAAAACCCGUACUUUGACCAUCUGGGGAGUGUGCAGUCUCAGAGAUUUUGGGGGGAAAACAGCAUGGCCACUGUAGGGAAUACACAGCAGCUCAUACCUUUCAUGUAUACUGUGAAUGACCCCAGAGGGUACUCCAGCGUGCCCAUCAACUCCUCAGAUUUCAGCUCUAGAUCCACACUGUCCUAUGGAAGUGUUGUUCCUGGCAUAGGUGUGGGUGAUACAAUGUCAGCCAGAGAGUCUGGAGCUUCUAGCUCCUGUGUCAGUGACAUGAUGACCUGCAGAAGAGAGAGCACUUAUCAUGACAUGGCCUCAGCCAGUGCAGAUUCAAUGGUGAUGAAUCAAGGAGGAAUUGUGAUCCAGCUUUACUUCUACCUGGAUGAGUGUUUCGAGCAGUGGAGGACUUUGAAGAGUGAGAGGAAGAGGAUAGAGGAUAUCCUUACCAAGACAUUUUCUGGAAUAAGGACUACAGCAGUGGCCAACACUAACAUACCCAAAACUCCACCUAAUCCCACAAGAGUCGACCACCUCAUUGUUAAUCAGAGGAGAGAACAAGCAAGGGUGGCAGGCCUCCUGGAUAGAAUGGAGCGUCUGUGCAACACUCCCCUCCAUAUGAACAUCCACACAGCACUGAGCAGGCAUCAUAUGGCUCUUUGCAUCACCCAGGCAAGACGCAAGGAGGAGAUUGCCAGCAUGUCCAAACACCAACGGCAGAGAGCUCAUUUCACAGAGGAUAGAGACACCCUGCUGUUGGUCAUUGCACUGAAGGACCUCGCGGCCACUACCAGGAAGCUCUGCACAGCCCUGUGGUGUGCUCUCCAGAUGACACUUCCGAAACCUGUCAAGAAGCAGGACCGCCAUGUUACCAGGGAGGCUACACACACACAGAGGGGCUCCUCUCCAUUUGAGGGAUAUUCUUUUAAGAUAUGAUUUAGCAGGCAACAAACAUGAGUUAAAGGUCUUGAUUGAAUUCAAAGCCCUCCAGAAUGCUCUGAUUAUAAAUUCCCACAGGCAACAGGGUGAAAAACGAAUGUUACCUGCAAGUUUAUAGUGACAUUUUACCUGCAACACAGUGAUCAUUGCAGAAUAUGAGAUAACUCAUUUGCAGUUUUAUGACGGCUGCACUUUUUUGGCACCCAAAAGUUUCAGGUGGCCAGUGUUUGUUCAGUCGGAAUUGCAUGAAAUAUAAUUUAUCCUGCUGCAUCUAUACUCCAUUUCAUUCAUGAUUUUCAGUUCCAAAUUAACAUCAAUCUUGCUUCAUCACUGUUGUAUUUAAAGCCAUUAUUUAUGAGGAAGAGUUCAGUGAAUUCUUCAUCGUUUUACUUAUUUAUUGGAAUUUAAUGGAACCUCAGUUCUGAGUAUUCCCAAGCAAUAAUUGAAUCAUAAGGGUAGUAGUUUAAAACGAACAUGCUAGUUAUUAAAAUGUUUCUUAAAUGUUCCAGUUAAUAUCUGCAGCUUCAGUUUUUCUCGUGUAACCUUAACAUGCUGUAAUCAGGAAAAGCAGACACGCACGGAUUGUGGGAUUCUGGGCCAAUACCUAUGUUUGAAAUAACAAAUUGGCUGAUAACGAAUACUGAUGUUUGUUCAUUGUUAUUUAUUCCCUGUUUUGCCAGGGAAAUAAAGAAAACUUAAUUAGCCUAUAUUAAAACAGCAAAACUGUUUAAAUGUAUUCUGUCUUACAUUAUGCUACCUUUGAGUGGGCACAAAUUCAGAUAUACAUAUUUAAGAAACAAACAACCUUCUUUCACAUGAAUAUCCAUUUUAUGAUGUGAAAACAUCAACAUGUUUCUCCCCCGACUGUAUUUAUUCAAGUUUCUCAUCAGAAACUACAUUUUACAAGAUUGCAUUUGAACACAUCAUGAGAACAUUAUCGGCCAAAAAUAGAAAUGCAGCCGACAGUGUUGCAUCCCUAAAAAAAAUUGUAAUUUUUCUGCAAUUUUUGGAAUUGAACUGUGCCAAAGAUACUCACACUUCUGAGAAAAAAAAAGGUUCAGUGUUUUGAAUUUAAAUGUAUUAAUCACAUUUUUCAUUAGAUACAUAAAACAAAUAUUACUACAAGUGAAAUGUAACAUGGCCAAGUUAAAUAAUUCUCUGGAUGCAGUUAAGUCUUUGAAGACUUGCUCCAUAUCUGAAGUUUGAUUUGAACAUACUAAAUUAUAAAAUGUCUUUCGAAAUGUUUCAAUUAAUUUCUGAAACUUUUAUUUUUCUUCUGUUCACUCAACUUUUACUUUUCCUGUUUUCUCUUCCUGGUUAAUCAACUGUUUUAUCUGUAAUUUGAUCAAAAGUUUAAAACUGUAACCAAAGAUACUGAAACUGUAAAUAUUCAGCGUUUUACAUUCAAAUGUAUAAAUCACAAGCAACGACAAGCAACACUUCUCUAGCAGCAGUGCACCUCUUCCUAACUGGACGGGAUGCCGACAGGGGAACAUUAGAUUGUCUCAGUUUUCCCCACUGAAGAUGUUCUAACCUGCUCGGAGCUUCGGCAAACAGCUAAGCAACUUAUUGUUUGCUCGGAAAACAGGCUCUAUUUUUUGCGAAGAUUGGCUUGAUCAGGCAUUUGUAGAAUAUCUGAACAAUUUUUCACCCUCCAUCCUCCAGAAUUUGCUUGCUGUAUGUGAAGAAGAGUUGUGAGUCUGUAGAUGCUUUGUAAAUAUGAGUUGCUUCAUUCCCUCUCAUUUUAAUGUUCAUGUUGUGUGUUUUUCUUGUUACAUG